GUUUUCUCAUGGUUAAUAAGGAGUUUGAAGAGUGCAAAACAAACUUGGGAAAUUAAAGGGAAAAGUGACAUAGAUAGAUGUUAGACAGCUUUAACGACGAAUUAUUAGUUGUAACUAAUAGUCGAUUCCUUUUUUCUCAGGACAAUCCAGGGUGCCUUAUUUCAGGAUAUCAUUAGGCGUUCGAAUGUCUUAAGCACUAAAAACAUCACCAAGCAAUGUACUCAAAGAAGAGCUAUUCAUCUGGGACAGAAGAUGUCCGGGAAUAUAACGAUGCCAAAACAGGUCGCGAGGCCGGAAGACCCUCGUUCAUAUCAAGCCUAUGCAUAGGGCCCAAAGAAGAUAAGAUUGAGAGGGAAAUCUAUCCCACCAAGGAAGCUUCUGAACGGGUCUCUGAAAACACAACAAAAUCUUUUGUGACAAGAAGUGUCAUCGAUAAAAGGUCAACCUCUUCUUACAGAACGAGCGAAAAAAUUCAAUCCGUUAAAUCGAGAGAUUUACCUGGAUAUUCAGGCAGAGAAGCAACAACGGAUCCGAUCUCUUCAUUUUACUCUUCAUACUCCAAAGACGAAUACCUCAGAGAUGCCGCAAAAGUGAAUCAACUGGCUGAUAAAAGCGAAGAUGUUAUUUCUUCCUUUUAUCGAUCGAGUGUCGGUUUUAGAAAAGACAGAAGUGUUGACCAGAAAACCAAUAUCGCCGGAGAAAAUGGAGAAUCCAUCCGAGCGACAAGUUAUAAGGCUGCUGCUGCUGAAUUGCGCGCUGCCAAAGGAGUAAGCUGGAGGAAUGACAGAUCAACAGACUCUUCUAGUAGCCUCAAGGGUAGAAGUUCUUUACAGAGCAUUAAAGAAGCAGACAAGGAAAAUGGUGGUCCUACGACCAUCAAUUCGGAAAAUAUAAACAUUCUGAGAAGAGCUUUGGAAAGAAAGGACGCAUCUAAUUCUCUAGAUAGAGAAAGACUUUCCAAAAAGUUUUCUGAAGACGACAGCAUUGAUAUAUCGAAACACACCUCGAAGGCGCAUGUGAAUUUGUCUGGUAAACACGGAGACAGCGAUUCGCACAGAAAGACGACCUUAACAAUUACUUCCAAAUCAGAGAAAGACGACGUCGUUGGCAGGCGAGAGACGUUUGAUGUUCAUACAGUUAUGCAGAAUGGUAAAGCAAGUGAUUGGGGAAUUUUCCCAAGAGAAAUCAAGGCACGCUCCCGUUCUACUGAAAGCCUAAAUGAAAAGAAAAGAGAUAGAUCAGGAAUCUUUAGAGAGGUUCCUGGGAGAAGUGAGUUUUUGUCUCAUUCCAGGUCUUUAUCAGAUUUUGGAACCACAGGUUCUGACGAUGACAAGCGUUUUUCGAGGGAAAGCAGGCGCACAGGAUCACUUGAUCGAAAUGCAGGUUUUGUUGAUCGUUGGAACCGCGCUGAUCGCAAUGGACGCUCCUCAUCUCUUUCAAGGCUGCGAAGCCGGUCUUCAGAAGAGUUAAGGCCUUCCUAUGAGGAUAAACAGGUGUAUCCAAGCUAUCGAUCUAGAGCUCUGCACCGUCAAGGAAACUUCGACCGUGAAGGUUCUUUUCGCCGUGAUGAGACAAACAGGAGAGAUUCAAGAAUGGGAGAAAUGAGAUCGUCAACCCGUGACAAGCUAAGAGAAGAUAUAGCUCGACUCAAGGCCGAAGCCGAAAAUCGGACAACGAAGAAAGAUGUGAAGCUGUAUUCGUUUAGCCAAGAACCCACCAUUCAUGACAAGCUCAAGGAAGACAUUGCAAAGCUCAAAGCUGAAACGUUGACACGAGACCACGUAAAACCUUAUGUUCCACCACCUUCGUUAAGACCAGCGUCUGCGAACAUUUCUUCGAGAUGGAGAAGUCGAGAACCCUCUAUACAAGACAGGCUCAAAGAAGACAUUGCAAGAUUGAAAGCUGAAGCGGAGAAAAUGCCUUCUUUCCCCAAACGGACCUCGGAUGUUAUUACUGAAAUAAUCAUUCCAGACAGAAGAAUGGAGGAUAUGGCAGAUGUUCGUCAUGGUGGAAUUAGCAGAACUUUGGUCGAGAGAUAUAACGUGUCCAAUAACGAUGGAGUUGUGUUUAAGGAUGUGUCGAGGAAUGAAGAAACAAAGAGGUUUGGUGAUGCUAAAAAUCCUAAAGAAGACGAAAUAACUCGACGACGAGGCAGCUUAAGAAAUGACCAGCCAAAGUUACGAAAUGAAUUCCGAAAUGUUGAAAAGUCUAUUGGAGAUGAAGUGCCUCUAAGGCCUCCAGCAGACUACUUCCAUCCAUUCUCUGAUCGCACUGUUCCAUCCUCCACAAGGACCACCGAGGGAGCUGUGUCUGUGCGUUCUACGAGGCCACCCCUAUGGCCCAAAGAAAACGAAAAUGGGUCAACAGAACGAGAAAAUCUCUUGACCACACCACGAGAUAUUUCGACCGAUCCAAGCAACUCUUCUAAAUUUCAAUCCGCUGAAGCAUAUGCAAAUAAGCGAGUGUUUAAGGCAGACUCUAUCGUCUCCAUAUCAUCAAGUAAAGAAGCCAGGGGUGGCCCAAGUUCUGUACAGGGACAUUCCCGCGGAAGCAUUUCCACAGAGGGUCGUUCAGCCUAUUAUUACAGAGAAAUGGGUGAUAAAGAAAACGGCAUACCAGACUCCAUACUGAGACGGUCAUAUGAGGAAAUACCAAAGCCAGCUGCUCUACCUCGACCACGGGAUGAUACCGUACGGCUGCCUUAUUCAAGAUACGAAAGUGUCACUCACGGACGUAAAUAUCCCGCUUCAUCUCCAGAGGGAUUGCAGGGCGAACCUGGUUAUGAAGACUGGCGGGAGAGAGAUGAAAGGAGGUCGGUCAGGGUUCACUCAAAUGAUGAAUUUGUCACUAGAAAAACAAUCAGAGAUGAUUCCGUUAUUUCUCGGAAGAGGUGGGAAGACAAUACCCCUAGAUCAUUAUCUUCAAAAGUUGAGUCUCCAAGACACAUUCCUGAGAGGUCGAAACCUUCACCAAGAAGGACAAGCACCCGCGAAGACAAGCAUAUAUCAGAGGAAAACAAGACUCGUUUCUGCGAGGAAAUCGAUGCUCCAUUACCAGAGUAUAAGGAGAUCAAGACAUCACCUGUUAUUGGUGAGCUCCGGAAGAAAAUUGAGCAGCUAAAAGACAAGGUUGAUACACUGGAUGAUAGAAGAGCUCGAAUGAAACUUGAAAGGUAUGUGGAUGACCACUCAGAGAGGAAACCAGAUGUUGAUAUCAAACCUCCAGUUCAUAUUAAGAGGUACCAACCAACCGAAUUCAAACCAGGUUCAGGAUCAGAGGUUGAUGGUCCAGACUCACUUGGGAAAAGAGAGAGUAUCACAUCCGAGACAAUAAGUCGCCAAAUCAGUAGACAGACCAGCACAGCCAGUACUCUCAGACAGAUCAGCAGUAUUCAAGAUGAUGUAAGAACAACACCGCAGUCCCAUGCAGAAGAGGUCAUAUCUCCGACGAGUAAACCAGAUCAAAAGCCUGCUGUUAUGAAACAAAUGUGUGACGCACAGACGAUGACCCCUCCUGAUGUUCAACAAAAUGUUGUAACUACUGUGGUUCAACGGCAAGACUCGAUUGUAGACGAGCGAGACAGGCUAAAGGAAUUAAGAGGCGUUCCUAUAGACUACAGAAGAACUACUCAAAUUGAGGAGGUGGACAGAGAACAAGUGAGAGACAAUGGUGUCACCAUGAUCCAAGUAGACAGUCACCAACAAACCAUAUCACCGAAAAAGGACGUGCAAGAGUGGUGGAACGCUUUCACAGCUGAAGACGUAGAUCGUUUACUAAAAAUUGGAAAUUGGAGUCCGUGGAACGCAUACACUGCCGAGGACGUUGACAGAAUGUUCCACGUGGGGCCGGUGAGAAGACGAAGCUUCCAUCGGAGAUCCCUCCGAAGGUAUCCGAAAAUACGACAGUACAAAGACGAUCCCGUUGACGUUCUCGUGAGAGUGCGAGGAAGACGCGAAAAACAUCGUCGCCCUCAAUGCAUUAUUGCUCAAGCUGCGCCGGAAGAGAAAGCAAUAGUACUGAGAGAGACAAAGGAGACUACAGAGCCCUAUAUCAGAACAAUUAAAGUUGAUGAUGUUUAUGGAGCGGAUGCUGUUAGAGUAGAGAAUGGAGUUGUGAAAAUUAAAGUUGGUGAUAAAGGAAGGAAAACAUGGGGGAGGAUCCUACAGAAGAAAAAUGACAUCUUUGAGUCGGAUGGUAUCGUUACGGUCCCAGUUAGCGGAGACCAGUGCGAAGACGGCAUGUACUAUACCAGUCACUACAAAGGACAACAGCAAGAUGGAAAAGCGCGCACACCAAUCAAAUUCAAGAUACAAGAGCAAAACGCUGCUAAAUCUAACAAGAUACGCGUCGCUAGAGAGAUGAGAAGAACCGGGAGCAUGAGACGAAGACGAAAAGCCGCUGCCAGUAGUCUAUGUCCUUAUAUCGUGGGCGCACGAUAUUACAGAGGGAAGAUAUUGUUGACAUGUGCUGACGCUCAUCGAUCCCAGAACCGUGCUCAAAGUGGUCACCAGGAGAUUGUGGUAAGGCAGCCACAAAGCAGCUCAAAGGUUACAGGCAACGAAAUAGUUCUGCGUCGCAACUCCCAACCACCAGCGUUUCCAGUGAAGACCAUUCAGAGAAUCCACGAAGGCCACAAAACCACAAGUCACGCGGCUACAACCCGAGCAGAAGAUGGAAAGAUGAUCAUUACUGUACACGCUGUCCCGCCUCGACCACAACGUUUUAGUCUGAAACAAGCUGGACAAAACAUGACGAGUAGCUCCUACCAUGGCAAGACUUCCGAGCAACGAGGUGUAUCGAGUACUUCCGGAAAUUACCUCGUAUCUUCGACCUCUGGGCCUCAAGGGUACGUGACAUCAUCCAGGCCUAGCAGAGAGGGGAAUGCAGGUACUUCGUAUUACGUCACUGAUCCGUCCGACUCGUUCGGUCGCAGAUCUGGCUACCACAGUGCAUCUCGUUACCACUCUUCCAACGAACUGUCCAGCACCCCAACUAUUAUCCCGUAUGAAGAUGGCCCCACAAGUCGAAGAGGGACACAGAGUGGUUCGUUUAUUACCGACCCGUCGAGUUAUUAUGGGUUUUAUGAUGCACCAGGGUCAAGGAUAGUCUCAUCGGACCCGCGUCUGAAUGCACGCACGGGAUACGGAGAGAAAUUCAACCUUCGAGAUCACGGUGGCCUCUCCUCGGUGCGUUACGUGAACGGAGCGCGUCAAGGAAGUAGGAUAAUCAAUGAAAGAAUGAAGUCAAAUGGACACUAUAGGUAUGGUUCAUCUUGGAAUUCCACGCAACAGGACACAUUAAAUGGCCGUUCGAUGUCUUGGGCAGUAGAAGUUGUUCCUGAUUUCUGAUUUUUUUCAAUCGACAUUACCAGGAAAUAACCCAGACCCAUCAACGAAGAAUUCGAAGUGAUCUUUGGGUUUUCGGGUGAUGUGAAUUAUGGAGUUGUGCAGUUCGUGUAAAGUUAUAAUAAGAUAAAGAGACAUGCAGAGAAAAAGGCACCGAAGUAAAAUUACUUCGCCGACCGAAUUAGAGGAAAGUAAACUAUGUGUUAUAAAGAAAUGAAUUCAUUACAUCUCUCAGUUGGUAGGGGCGCUAUGAUUGGCCAAUAUCAUGGCCUGUAUUUCACUGCACUUCCACUGAAUUCAUUAUUUUGUUUCACUUGGAAUCUUCCUUCUCUAUUUAAACCCAGAGAUGUAACACAUUUUUACUAACCUCGUUUACGGACCUCGCAAACUCAGUUAGUAAGAUAUCUGUAUUGAUUAAACUUGAAUUUGUUUGAUUUAUAUCAAUUUAAAAAAGUAUGAGUUAUUUCAAGAAUAGUUUUAUCAACAUUCUAGAAGUCAGGCACAUAGUAACGUAACGUUUCGUUUCAAUAAUACCAGGGAGGGAAGGGGGGGACGUUUGUUUGUGACUUGUAAGAUUUUUCCGAGGCAAGGAAAAAGCAAGUGGCAAAGGUGAA